GGUCAUAUCCACUGUAAAACUGCCAAUCAGACCUAUAAAUCUGUCACAGAUAGAGUGUGCUAAUCAUGGUAUGUUUGACACCUUAUUCUCUGCAGACUAGGCUGGAAUAGGAGAGCUACCCAUUAUGAGACAGGGGGAAGAACCAGAAGACUCUAAGAAUGAUUUUGAAGAGUCAAAUGAACAUCAUGAUUCCAAAUCAUUUGACUAUAUGCAUGUGAAACUUGAGGAACAUGCCCAACCAGAACUCAGUACCAAGGAACGCAUCACAGAGUUUUCUAAAGAGGUUUGCAGAGAUGGCCCAAAGGUGGUUUACAACUUCUUUUUAACCCUCUUCCCAGUACUCACAUGGCUUCCACGUUACAAGAUCAAAAAGUACCUUCCUGGCGAUAUUACAUCUGGUAUUGUAGUCGGCAUUGUCACCAUUCCACAGUCAAUUGCAUACUCUUUGUUAGCCAAUCAAGACCCCAUCUAUGGACUGUACACCAACUUUUUCUGCUGCAUCAUCUAUUUCUUAACAGCAACAUCACGUCACAAUUGUGUUGGCACAUACGGAGUGUUGUGCCUUAUGGUUGGUGAGGUAGUAAACAAACAGUUAAAAGCAGCCGGCUAUGUUACAGAUCAAACUACCACAGCAGCAAUAAACGCAACACUGGUCAAUGGAACCUUGUGCGGUAAAAGCUGCUAUGCCAUUACUGUGGCAACCUCUUUGACCUUUAUUGUUGGUGUAUACCAGAUCCUCAUGGGAAUCUUUCAGCUAGGAUUCAUCUCAAUGUAUUUGUCAGAGCCUCUGCUGAGUGGUUUCGUCACUGGGUCGUCAUUGACAAUUCUGACCUCACAGAUGAAGUAUCUCCUUGGGUUAAAGAUCCCUCGUCGUGAUGGCUCUGGGGCCUUGGUUCUUACUUGGAUUGACAUCUUCUCCAAUUUAAAAAGCACUAAUAUAUGUGAUUUAGUUAUUAGCAUUGUUGCAAUAACCCUUAUCAUCCCUUGCAAGGAAAUAAAUGAUCGAUUUAAAAAGAAGAUGAAAGUCCCCUUUCCAAUAGAACUAAUAGUGAUUAUUGUGGCCACACUGGUUUCCUAUUAUUUCAGUUUUAAUGUGACAUAUAAAUCCUCAAUCUGUGGCACCAUUCCCACUGGAUUCCAGGUUCCAAAAGCCCCAGAUUGGAGCUUGAUUUCCAGCAUAGCCGUUGAUGCAGUGCCAAUUGCAAUCAUUGGAUUUGCAAUGACAGUAUCUCUUGCUGAAAUAUUUGCCAAAAAACAUGGUUACACAAUCAGCACCAAUCAGGAGAUGAUUGCUAUAGGCAUGUGUAAUCUUAUCCCAUCUUUCUUUUCCUGUUUUGCAAGCUGUGCCGCUCUUGCCAAAAGUCUUCUAAGAGAAUCUACAGGUGCCAACACCCAGCUAAAUGGUAUAAUCAGCUCAGCUGUAUUAUUGCUUGUGCUGCUUGCCAUUGCCCCUCUGUUCUAUUCACUACAAAAUUGCAUUUUAGGUGUCAUAACCAUAUGCAGCCUUAGGGGAGCGCUGAGAAAAUUUGCUGACACUCCAAAAAUGUGGGGCAUUAGUAAAAUCGACACAGUGGUCUGGUGGGUCAGCAUGUUGGCGUCUUCCUUAAUUUCAACUGAGAUUGGAUUAUUGGUGGCUGUUUGCUUCUCCAUGCUUUGUGUGAUCAUUCGUACUCAGAGGCCAAGGGCAACUUUAUUAGGUAAAGUGAGCGGAACAGAGAUUUAUGAAGACCAGUUCACAUACAAAGAGCUGAACAACAUACCUAAUGUAAAAAUAUUUCGAUUUGAUGCCUCUCUCUACUAUGCCAACAAAGACUACUUUAGAAGUUCUCUUUAUAGCAAAACUGGCAUUAACCCCUCCAUAGUGUCUACAUUACAAAGGAAGGCAAAGAAAGAAGAAGAAUCAGCUUCAAGAGUUACAGGCAAUAGGUUUAUUGCUAGGUUUAAUUUGAUUAAAACCGAGAAGAGGACAAUCGCCAAAACGUCUGUACCACAGCUUGACAUCCACUCCCUUAUUAUUGAUUGCGGGGCCAUGCAGUUUAUAGACUCAGUGGGGCUAGGUGUUCUUAAAGAAGUCCGCAGUGACUAUGAGGAGAUAGGUGUACGAGUGUACCUUGUUAACUGCAAUCCAUCAGUUCGCCGAUCCCUUCACGAUGGAGGAUAUUUCAUCAACAUCAGCGGUGAUAUAGAGCUGCUUGCCUUUCACAGUGUACAUGAUGCAGUGACAUUUUCUGAGAGGCAAUUUAAAGAAAAACAGAAAGAAAUUCAGUUGAGGGAUGCUGCCUUCUCAUUUGAUCCAGAUCAAGCUAUAAGCAAUGACUUCACAAAGUGAAAAUGUUCAGUUGUAUUAAGCAAUUAGUAUUCAGUAAAGUGUUUAAUAUAAAUCUGAUUUAUAUAUUUUCAAAUGAUUUUACUUAUAAAGAAAUUAAAUCAGCAUCGGUCAAAUUUGAAUGAUCAACUGUAGGCAACAACUAUAACUGCUAACACAAUUAUAAAAAGUCCACUGGGUCAGCACCCGCUUUGCAAUACUCUGGAUUAGACUGUAGCCUUGUGCCAUGUGAUUCUGUGUUGUAUAACUUCCCUCUAAAGACCUAGGGCCAGAUUCAGAGAGAUCGGCGCAUCUUUAGAUAGGCGUAGCGCAUCUCAUAUGCGCUACGCCGUCGUA